UCAGUGCUGUUACGAGUCAAGUACAAGUUGCGAAAGCAUCAAAAAGCCAAAAGCACCGUCCCCAAGAUGUUCCAGGAUGUUGUCCGCAGGCACCCCGACAAAGUGGCACUGAUUUACGAGGCCACUGGUGAGCAGUGGACCUUCAGGAGGCUGGACGAGUACUCCAACGCCGUGGCUAACUACUUCUACCAGCAAGGCUUCCGGCUGGGGGACGUCAUUGCCAUCUUCAUGGAGAGCCGCCCCGAGUUUGUUGGCCUCUGGCUAGGGAUGGCGAAAAUCGGCAUCGAAGCGGCUCUAAUCAACUUCAAUUUGCGCUUGGAUUCUCUGGUUUACUGCGUGACGACUUCUGGUGCGAAAGCCAUGAUCUUCGGAGGGGAGCUGUCUUUGGCAAUAUCUGAAGUGAAUGGGAUGUUGGGGAAGAACAUGGCGAAGUUCUGCUCCGGUGACUACAACCCAGAGGUUGUUCCUGUGGAGACCAGACAUCUUGAUCCUCUUCUGAGCACCGCAUCGAAAUCGCCCCCGACUCAGAUUCCAGUCAAAGGCUUAGAUGAUCGGCUCUUCUAUAUCUACACUUCAGGAACAACAGGAACGCCAAAAGCUGCCAUUGUGGUGCACAGCAGGUAUUACCGUAUCGCUGCCUUUGGUUACUAUGCCUACAAAAUGCGCCCGGAGGACGUCCUCUACAACUGCCUCCCGCUCUAUCAUUCCGCAGGUAACAUCAUGGGAGUUGGCCAGUGCCUAAUCCACGGCCUCACCGUGGUGAUCAGGAAGAAGUUCUCGGCCAGUCGCUUCUGGGACGACUGCAUGAAAUACAGAUGCACGAUUAUUCAGUAUAUCGGGGAAAUCUGCAGGUAUCUUCUGAAUCAGCCGGUCCGAGAGUCAGAAACCCAACACUGCGUGCGGCUGGCAGUGGGCAAUGGUUUGAGACCCACCAUCUGGGAGGACUUCACAAAGCGCUUCCGAGUUAAGCAGAUCGGAGAGUUCUAUGGAGCCACGGAGUGCAACUGCAGCAUUGCCAACUUGGAUGGAAAGGUUGGUGCCUGUGGUUUCAACAGUCGGAUUUUGCCCAAUGUUUAUCCCAUUCGGUUGGUGAAGGUAAAUGAAGACACGAUGGAGCUGAUCCGGGAUUCCAGUGGGCUGUGUAUCCCCUGUCGCCCAGGAGAGCCGGGAUUGCUCGUCGGUCAGAUAAAUCAACGGGAUCCCCUGCGGCGGUUCGACGGCUACGUCAGCGAGAGGGCCACCAACAAGAAGAUCGCUUACAACGUCCUUCGGAAAGGGGACCAGGCGUACCUUUCAGGAGACGUGUUGGUGAUGGACGAACUCGGUUACAUGUACUUCAGAGAUCGCAGCGGGGACACCUUCCGAUGGCGAGGAGAGAACGUCUCCACCACGGAGGUGGAGGGAAUGUUGAGUCACAUCCUCAACCAGACGGAUGCUGCGGUGUACGGAGUGGAAGUACCAGGGGUGGAGGGCAAAGCUGGGAUGGCGGCGAUCGCAGAUCCCAAAGCUAAAGUCAACCCCAACGUCCUGUACCAGGAGCUGCAGAAGGUGCUGCCUCCCUACGCCCGGCCCGUCUUUCUCCGGCUCCUACCCCAGGUUGACACCACAGGUACGUUUAAGAUUCAGAAAACCCGCUUACAGAGGGAAGGAUUCGACCCCCACCAAACCUCCGAUCGCUUGUAUUUUCUGGAUCUAAAGUUGGGAAAAUACGUUCCUCUGGAUGAAUGCCUUUAUGAAAGGAUUUGUUCUGGAAAAGCCGCUUUAUGA